AAAAACUCUCUCUCUGUCUCUCGUUGGAAGCUUCGAAAAUGGGGAGGACUUGUACGGAGGAAGAAAAAACCCUUUUGAUCUCACAUGGCAAUCAAGAGGAAGAAGAAGAAGAAGAAGAAGAAGAAGAUGAUACACAAGAAGAAGAAGAAGAAGCGUUGUCUCUGUCUGAUUUGCCGGUGAGUUUAUCUAACGAGGAAGUUAAUUUCCCGAAACAGUCAAAGUCAGAAGAAGAAGAAAUCGAUUCCGGGUUCGAAUUCGAAAUCGGGUCAUCGUUUCGGCUCGGGUCGGAUUCGUGUGAACCGGCUCCGGAGAUGAGUACCGCAGACGAAUUAUUCUCCAAAGGCCGAAUCUUGCCUCUACGUCACUCCUUCAGCUUAGACGCCGGUUCGAACCGGUUAAUCACCAGAUCCGAAUCGGUUGAAUUCCGACGAACCAGAGCCGGAUCAGACCGGAAAAUCAAAAACAAUUUCAUCGACUACAGUCAACCGAGUCCAAACCCACAGAUCAGACGAUCAUCGAGCAUGACGGCGAGGGUGAACUCAAUCAGAAACCCCAAGUCAUCUUCGAUUUGGGAUUUUCUCCGGCUAGGACUCGUCCGCACGCCGGAGAUCGAGCUCCGAACGGCGACGAACGCUAGAGUUUCAGUGAGUCGGAACAGUAGCUGCAGCAGCACAAGCACGAGCUCGAAUUCGAAGAAAACAGGAGAAUCCAGAUCGAGGAACCGGACAAGAAGCUUUCUGUUCGCGGAUUGCAAGUGCUCGGUGGUGACGGAGACGGUCGUACCGGUGAAAAUCAGUGUCUCCGGUGAGACGGGGGAGAAACAGAGGAAGAAGACGGCGAAGAAGGAGGAGAAAACAGCGGUUGCGCGUAAGAGAACGUUUGAGUGGUUGAAAGAGUUAUCACAGGUAGGUUCUGUCGUUGACCAUGGCAGAAGAAGCUUGGCGUGAUUAUUCGAGCAAAAGACACAUUCUUGUUUCUCUGUUUCAUUUUUUUUUUUUGUCUUUACUAUUUUAAUUUAAAUGUAUUUUUGUGUUUAAUCAUUUCCUACGUAAUUAUCUUUUUGUAUGUUAGUGGCUAAUUGUCAAUUAUACUUUAGUUUAUUU